GGCUAUAGUGUCGGCAAUUUCAAUUGGAUCCACAGUCUAUUUCCACGACUCUUUUAAAUGAGAUGGGACCUUUCCCACUUUGAAUCUUCAAGAUAUUGAUUUUAUUUUAGGAAACUUUUGUAGGAACGCGGUUUAUUGACCAAGUUGCAUCAAAUUCUGACAUAUAAUUCUUCUAGGCAUUAGCAAUUGAUUUUUAAAAUACUAGUAUCAGUAUCAAUUCUUGCAGUCUUGUCCAUAAUCGUUCCGUAGAAGAUAUGAGAAAACAAGCUUCAGCAGUUUUCUUAGAGGCUCUCUUUCCUCUCUCUAUCUUGUUUUUCUUUAUUCCAAUUUUCCAUGCAAGAAAUCUACAGCAAUGCUCUUCUUCAUGCGGAGAUUUGAAGAAUAUCAGCUACCCGUUUCGUCUCCAGGGAGAUCCUGUUAAUUGCGGUGAUCUUAGUUUCCAACUUUCUUGCCAGAACAACAAAGCCAUCCUGAAUUUUCGAGGAGGAAAGUAUUACGUGAAAGGAAUCUCCUAUGAUGAACAUACAAUUCGAAUUGUUGAUGUUAACUUAGGCAAUGGAAGCUGCAGUCUUCCUUACAGAUCUCUUUCAAUGUAUGAAGCUACCGUCGAUAGUCGAUAUCCCUCAUUAAUCAAUUUCUGGCAAGCCAAUUUUGUGAACUGCUCCGAUGGCAUCCCUGACCUAGCUGAUAGCGAAGUACCUUGUUUGAGUGGAAAUGAUUAUCAUUUUUAUGUCAAUUUCAGUGAUAGGAACUUGUUUGCAUAUGAUAUUCCAAACACUUGCAAGGUCAUUUCAAUGGUUCCCACAAGCUCGGAAAAUAAGGUGAAUUACCCUUAUGAAACAACCAUGAAGUUGCUUGCAUCAGGGUUUGAUCUCAGAUGGUCAGUUGAGUGUAGGGAUUGCAGAGCUGCUGGUCUUUCCUGCGUGUAUAAGUCUAAUAAUGAUCCAAGGAUCUUCCAGUGUGAAACUUUAGAUGAAUACGAUUACGAAACUCAACUCCAGAUUGCGAUUGCCUUUCUUGUUUCGAACUCUGUGAUUGAUAUGGCAUUGGUGGUCAGAUUCAUCUUUGUUCCCUUGGUUGUGUUUGCUUUCCUUCUCCACAAAUACUUUACUGGGCAAAAGACGGUUGUUGAUGCUGAAAAUUUUCGACACAGUCAGAUACUCUUGACUCCCAAAAGGUACUCUUAUACGGAUAUACUUGCCAUGACAAACGAUUUCAAACAUAAACUUGGGCAAGGUGGCUUUGGCUCAGUUUAUAAGGGCCAAUUACUAACAAACGGUUGCUUGGUUGCUGUUAAAAUGCUUGUGAGCUCUAAACUUAGUGAGGAAAAUUUUAUCAAUGAAGUUUCUACUCUCAGCAAGAUUCAGCAUUCAAAUGUAAUCAAAUUAUUGGGAUUCUGUUCCGAAGGAUCAAAACAUGCUCUUGUCUAUGAAUAUAUGCCAAAUGGAUCUUUGGACAAGCACAUUUUCUCAAAGGGAGGAAAUGCUGGGCCCUUCAGUUGGGAUAAACUCCAUGAAAUUACUCUAGGAAUUGCUGAAGGUAUUGAGUUCCUACAUAGCAAGUUUGCUUUGCGCAUUGCUCAUUUUGAUAUUAAACCUCGGAAUAUUCUUCUAGAUCAGAAUUUUGUCCCCAAAAUUACAGAUUUUGGUUUUGCAAAAUUUUACCCAAAGAAGAAUGAUUUCAUAUCCAUUUGUGCUACGAAUGAAACAGUAGAAUACAUGGCACCUGAAUUGAUUUCAAGAGAUCAUGGAGCUGUUUCAUGCAAAUCAGAUGUCUAUAGUUUCGGAAUGUUGUUGUUGGAAUUGGCUAGCAGAAGAAGGAAUGUUAACGAGUCAACUGAUUCAAACAAAGUCUACCUCCCUUCAUGGGUUUAUGACCAAAUAAAUGAGGGAAAAGAUAUGGAGCUUGAGAAUGUGAUUGAAAGUGAGACCACCAUAGCAAGAAAGAUGUUCAUAACUGGGUUAUGGUGCACUCAAACCAAUGCAUUAUAUCGCCCCUCAAUGGCCAGAGUUGUGGAAAUGUUACAAGGAAAAAUUGAUGGCUUAGAACUGCCUCCCAAGCCUGUUUCAUUUUCUCAAAACGUUUAUAUAAGCGAGCCUCAAUCUGAUUCUCCAAAGGAACUGCUAAUACCUGAGUCAAUGCAGAGAAGCGCAUAACAAUUCUCCACUUUUUGUUUGGCCCAAUAUUGUGAAACUGUAAUCAGCAUAAACAGCUGUUUGCCGCAUUUAUUUUCAGGUUGUGCCUGGAAUCUAGUGUGUGUACAAGUUCAUCAAUAAAAUUUCAAGCUAGUAUAAGCCAAUUAAGUGUUCGGUCUAGAAGGAAAAUGUAUGUAUUUAUUUAGAACUUCAUCUGUUGCAGAACACCUCCAGCCAAAGUUUGGGAGGUUUGUGUUUCUCAUGUUUAUAUAUGUAAAUGUUUUUGAAACA